AUGGCUAAGUCUUUAGUACAUCUACUUGUUGCUAUCGUCUUCUCACUUGGGCUGCUCGGUCAUUCUACCGCCCUGGAUUUUGCCUCACUUGCGAAACGCGCAACGCCAGAGGAGUGUCCAAGUCAAUUGAAAGCAAGAAGUCUAGAUUCGAAAGCCCCCUUAGAACGUCGAGCGCCACCACAAUGUAGAAGUGACAGCUUCUUCCAUAGGUGA